AUGCGCUUUGAGAGCGUCGUCUGUCUUUUCACCUUGGUGACCUCGGCCACCUACCAUGUGUGCGAGAGCUUGGACCACAAGUUCUUAGGAGUCAACCACUACAGGUGGCACUUUAUGGACAAUAUCUUUGCCAUUACCGGCAUCAUGUUGAACAUCAUGAAUUUCGCUCAGGCACCGAGGCCAGCAGCUCUGCGCGAGUUUCGGAUAGCGCUCACCGUCGGUAUCGUGAUCUGCUUUCAAGCGGCAAGUCCCUGGAAUCUCGCCAACACCGUCGUUCCGUUGUUACUGAGCAUACCCGUGCUCCUGAUAGAGCUGGUAUAUCUCCGCAGGUUGCCAACUUUGGACAAGUCGGAUGCUUUCAAGGCCUUACUCUGCGUUCCUGCAGCUGCCCUUUGCUUCUACAAGGGCCUCGACGAAUCGAAGGACUGGCUCCGGCUCUGGCACGGGGGCUGGCACCUCUGCAUCGGGGCAGUCACGUACUUCUCUGUACGUUGCCAGAAUCCGCAGCUCCGAAAAACGGCGCAGAAGACGGACUGA